AUGGCGUCCAAUUACGGGGGAAGACUUCUUCAGAGAUGUUCGAAUUCGGCCAAGGCUUUCACGAGUCCAGCCACCCGAUUAGCUUCUGUCGCCUCUGGUUCAUCUAAGCUCGGUGGACUAGCUCCUUCGAUGCCUUCCUCCACUUCUCGCCUUGCUCGUCGCCAGCGUCUCUUCUCAAACUCGAGGCUGCCGUUGGCAUUGGGUUGCGGUCAGUCAUUAAUUCCUCUUCAUUCCGUUACUGCUUCUGCCUUGCUAAAGUCUAUGCUGUCUUCAGAAGUUGGCCAGUGGAGCUGUCUUUCGGAAGACAAGUCUUCUAGGCGUCAAGAAGUCAAUUUCAUUGUUAUUUACCUCAAGUUUAGGGCAGAUCAGGGACUGGGUCACUGA